ACGAUUUUUAGUGAUUAGCCGGACGGUUUAUAAAACAGUCUCCGUUGUAAAAUAAGACUAUGUAAUUAUGACAUAAUUUUAUAUAUAUAUAUAUAAAACGUGUUAUUAUAAAUUAUAUGACAUUAUUAUUACCUAGUGAACCUAAAAAGUUUAUUGUAGAUACAUAGAUAUAUAGAUAACUACACAAAUAUAUACAAAUAUAUUUUUUUUUGCUACUUAAAUAAUAUAUAGUAAUUAGUAAUUAGUAAUUUAUAUGCUAAUUAGUAAAUUUUCAAAUUUUUAAACUUUAUACAGACAUUUUAUUUCUAUCACCAGAUUGGAGACGUCCGUCCGAUUUAUAAACGAGCAGCUGCGUCAAUAGGCUGUGAAUAAUUAUUAAGGAAAAAAACGACAAUAAAAUAUCAAUAGCGGUCAAUAAUAUAUAAAUAUAUAUAAUUAAUUGUAAUUAUAAUCAUAAAUAUAAAAAUGAUAUAACGGAGAGCUUUUUUUAAAAGUCUGAAGAAACCGUUCGAAGUUCGAUAAAAUAUUUCGUCAAGUAAAAAUAUAAACAAAUAAAUAAAUCAUAAUGUAUUCAGCUCACAGAGCCUGCAAGGCCUUAACGAGGCACAGAAAUUCUCUUAGAGUUUUAAAUGUUAAUUUUGGAACUGAUGUACAGUACAAACCAAUCCGCAGUGUCCUCGUUGCUAAUCGAGGUGAAAUAGCGAUUCGAGUAUUCCGAGCAUGUACGGAAUUAGGAAUUCGUUCGGUAGCAAUAUACUCCGAGCAGGAUAAAAUGCAAAUGCACAGGCAGAAAGCCGACGAAGGAUACAUAGUAGGACGAGGAUUGCCCCCAGUCCAAGCGUACUUAAACAUUCCUGAGAUAAUAAAGAUCGCUAAAGAAAACGGUGUCGACGCGAUUCAUCCUGGCUAUGGAUUUUUAUCAGAACGUUCUGAUUUUGCUCAAUCAGUAGUAGACGCGGGAAUACGUUUCAUAGGACCUUCUCCACGAGUGGUCCAGCAGAUGGGUGACAAAGUCGCUGCUCGGCAAGCAGCCAUCGAGGCGGGAGUUCCUAUCGUACCUGGAACAGACGGUCCAGUUCAUAGCUCCGACGAAGCAAUGGCGUUUUGUCAAAAACACGGGCUACCGGUGAUCUUCAAAGCGGCCUACGGCGGUGGCGGACGUGGUAUGAGAGUCGUGCGCAACAUGGACGAAGUUGUCGAGAAUUUCGAACGCGCUUCAUCAGAAGCCAAAGCCGCUUUUGGUAACGGCGCGAUGUUUAUUGAGAAGUUUAUCGAGCGCCCUCGUCAUAUUGAAGUCCAGUUGCUGGGUGACAAAGCCGGCAAUGUCGUUCAUUUAUACGAGCGAGACUGUUCUGUCCAGCGACGUCAUCAGAAGGUAGUAGAAAUAGCACCAGCACCUCGUCUAGAUCCUAAAGUACGCGACCGCAUGACAGAAUACGCAGUCAAACUAGCGAAACAUGUUGGCUACUCCAAUGCCGGUACCGUUGAAUUUUUGGUUGACAACAAAGGAAACUUUUACUUCAUCGAAGUCAAUGCGCGGCUUCAGGUAGAACACACAGUGACAGAAGAAAUAACAGGGAUUGAUUUAGUACAGUCGCAGAUACGAAUUGCCGAGGGUAUGACUCUUCCUGAAUUAGGAAUGACACAAGAGAAAAUAUCACCACAGGGAUACGCGAUCCAGUGUCGUGUGACGACUGAAGACCCUGCUAAAAAUUUCCAACCCGACACAGGACGUAUUGAAGUCUUUAGAUCCGGCGAGGGAAUGGGAAUUCGUCUCGACGGUGCGUCAGCAUUCGCGGGAGCGAUAAUCUCUCCUUACUACGACUCCCUUUUGGUAAAAGUAAUUGCCCAUGCAGCUGAUUUGCAAUCAUCUUGCGCUAAAAUGAACCGCGCGCUCCGCGAGUUCCGAGUUCGCGGAGUCAAAACAAAUAUUCCCUUUCUGCUGAAUGUACUGGAGAAUCAAAAAUUCCUGAACGGCAACGUCGACACUUAUUUCAUCGACGAGAACCCGCAGCUAUUCAAAUUCACACCCAGUCAGAACCGCGCACAAAAACUGCUCAAUUAUCUCGGUACCGUUUUAGUAAACGGGCCAAGUACGCCGCUGGCGACUCAACUAAAACCUGCUGAAAUAAAACCGCAUAUACCUGAAAUUCCUGUUGACUAUUCUAAGCUUCGAGCACUCGAAGAAGAAGACGCAGACAUCGCAGAUAUACUGGAGCCGCCAAAAGGUCUGAGACACAUCCUGCUGGAGAAGGGACCCGAAGGUUUCGCGAAAGCGGUUCGCGAGCACAAGGGAUUGCUGCUGAUGGACACGACCUUCCGUGACGCGCAUCAGUCACUUUUGGCGACGCGAGUCCGCAGUCAUGAUCUGCUAAAUAUAUCUCCGUAUGUCGCGCACAAAUUUAACAAUCUCUACGCUUUGGAGAACUGGGGCGGCGCGACCUUUGACGUCGCUCUGAGAUUUUUGCACGAGUGUCCAUGGGAACGUCUGAUAAAUAUGCGUAAAGCGAUACCAAAUAUUCCCUUUCAAAUGCUACUGCGAGGCGCGAACGCCGUGGGAUACACCAACUACCCGGACAAUGUCGUUUUCAAGUUCUGCGACCUGUCAGUCCAGUGCGGGAUGGACAUUUUCCGGGUCUUCGACUCCUUGAACUACUUGCCGAAUCUUAUACUGGGAAUGGAGGCUGCUGGCAAAGCUGGAGGGGUUGUGGAGGCAGCUAUUUCUUACACUGGAGAUGUAAGCGACCCGAAUCGUACAAAGUAUGAUCUCAAGUACUACACAAAUCUCGCUGACGAAUUGGUAAGAGCGGGUACGCACGUCCUGUCUAUCAAAGACAUGGCAGGUCUGCUGAAACCCAAAGCAGCGAGUCUGCUUAUUGACGCGAUCCGUCAAAGACAACCUGAUGUUCCUAUUCACAUUCAUACCCAUGACACAGCUGGUGCUGGAGUCGCCUCAAUGCUGGCCUGCGCCAAAGCUGGUGCUGAUGUAGUUGACGUCGCUGUUGACAGCAUGUCAGGAAUGACAAGUCAGCCAUCGAUGGGCGCUGUCGUGGCUUCUCUGCAGGACACUCCGCAUGAUACAAACAUGGAUCUCAGAGACGUCUCCGAGUACUCGGCUUAUUGGGAACAAACUAGAACUCUCUAUGCGCCCUUUGAAUGCACGACGACCAUGAAAUCUGGCAACGCUGAUGUCUAUCUCAAUGAAAUUCCCGGAGGACAGUACACGAAUCUACAGUUCCAGGCUUACUCACUGGGUCUUGGAGAAUUUUUCGAAGACGUCAAGAAGGCUUACAGAGAAGCCAACUUGCUGCUGGGUGACAUUAUAAAAGUGACACCGAGUUCAAAAGUUGUCGGUGACUUUGCUCAAUUUAUGGUGCAGAAUAAACUGACUGCUGAAGAUGUUCUGGCAAAAGCUGAAGAAUUGUCUUUUCCUAAGUCAGUUGUCGAGUUUCUGCAGGGUGCUAUCGGGGAACCUUAUGGAGGAUUCCCUGAGCCGCUGAGGUCAAAGGUGCUCAAGGAUAUGCCUCGAGUUCAGGGAAGACCUGGUGCUACAUUACCGCCUUUGGACUUUGCAAAAAUCGAAAAAGAUUUACGCGAAGCCCAUCCUACCAUCACAGAAAAAGAUGUCAUGUCUGCGGCUCUAUACCCUCAAGUUACCAACGACUACUUGAAGUUCAAAGAAACCUUUGGGCCUGUUGACAAACUAGACACGAGGAUAUUCUUGACCGGUCCGAAAGUCGGCGAGGAAUUUGACGUGACAAUUGAAAAAGGAAAGACUCUGGGUAUUAAAACGCUGGCUAUGUGCGAAGAUCUGACGCCCAAUGGUGAAAGGGAAGUAUUCUUUGAGAUGAAUGGGCAACUUAGAUCUGUUUUUAUCAAAGACAAAGAAGCUGUCAAGGAGCUUCACAUUCAUCCGAAAGCUGACAAGAGCAACAAAAACCAGGUCGGUGCCCCCAUGCCGGGAACAGUAAUCGAUAUCAGGGUAAAAGUUGGAGAUUCUGUCGAAAAAGGUGUUCCGCUUAUCGUAAUCUCAGCCAUGAAAAUGGAGAUGGUGGUCCAGGCGCCGAAAGCUGGAAAAAUAAAAACUCUAGACGUCAGUCAAAACAGCAAAAUUGAGGGCGACGAUCUCCUGCUGACUAUGGAGUGAAUUUAAAUAAAAUAAAAUCAUUUUUUACUCUUCCUUA